AUGGUGGAGCCGCCGCGCGACCCGCGCGCGCGGGUUGCCGAGUACCUCAAGGACCACCAAAUCAACGAGGUGGUACAGGGCCUAAUCGCGGAGCUCUUGUUUGUCAAGCCGCCAGACCCCAAAAAGUUCCUUAUAGAGCAACUCGAGCGCUCCAAGGCCGCCGGCUCAAGGCCGCUGCUGGACGCUGCCGACCUGCGCGCCAUGUAUGACAUGUUUGACGUCACCGGCUCCGGCGCCGUCACCGUCGCGCAGGCCAACGCGGCCCUGGCGACGGCGCUCGGCGGCGCGCGCGCCGCGGACGCGGCGGCCGCGGCCGCAGGCGCCAAGCCGGGCGGCAAGGGCGGCGCUGGGGGCGGCGCUGCGGGCGGAGGCAGCGGCGGCGGCGUGGCCGGGAACCCGCUGGGGUUGAAGGACGCGGCGGCGCGGCGGCUAAGCAAAGAGGAAUUUGUGCGAUGCGUGGGCGACGUGCUGAUCCGUGCGACGCCCAACUGCCAGCUGACAAAGCUUGGCGACGCUGACGCCGACGAAGAAGGGGGCCAGGGCAGCUGA